AAUGAGCCACACCCUUGGGCCAACAGCUCACAAUGACCUCUUGGAUUAUCUUUAUUUUAUUGGGUGCAUUAAUUUUUACUUCAGGUGCAAGUGGUAAAAAGAAUGUCCUUUUCUUUGCAGUUGAUGAUUUGAGGCCACAACUUAAUGCUUAUGGAGUCGAUUUCAUCACAAGUCCCAACAUCGAUGCUCUAGCAUCAAAAUCAAUGUUAUUUGAGAGAGCAUAUUGUCAGAUAGCAGUCUGCUCACCAUCACGUGCUUCAUUGCUUACAGGACGCAGGCCAGAUACCAAUCAUGUGUGGCAAAUUGCAGCUGAUGAGUAUUGGCGUACUGUGCCUGAUGCUACUAAUGCAACUACCAUCCCUCAAUACUUCAAGGAAAAUGGGUAUCUCUCUAUUGGUAUGGGAAAGAUAUUUCAUCCAGGACCACCAAGUGGUUAUGAUGAUUAUAAGUAUUCAUGGAGCCCAGAAGGUCGACCUUAUUUUCAUGCAAAGGAAGAUUCUUCAAUUGCAAAGGGUGCAGCUUGGUAUUCUUUUGAUGAGCCUGAUAACAAGCGUGUAGAUGGCCAAAUAGCUGAUAAUGCUGUGAAUGUUCUUCAGCAGAUAAAGAAGAACAGGACUGAAGGUGAUGAUCGACCUUUCUUUGUAGCUGUUGGCUUUCACAAGCCUCAUCUCCCAUUCUAUUGCUCAUCAAAAUACUAUGAUCUCUAUCCUUCAAUUGAAGACACUAAACUACCAGAGAAUCCUGAUGUCCCUAAAGGAAUGCCUGAUGUUGCAUUUACUAUCUGGAAAGAAUUAAAGGAUUACAGUGACAUUAAAGCAAUAAUCAAUGAGACACUCUGUGAUACUGAUGCAGAGGCUUCCAUUUAUGGUAAGGAAUGCCAUGUACCAGACAAUAAAAUGAAAGAGCUUCGAAGAGCAUAUUAUUCUUGUGUCAGUUUCACUGAUGCACAGAUAGGUAGAGUCAUUAAGGAGCUGGAUGCUCAAGGGUUUGCUGAUGAUACUAUUAUAAUCUUAUGGGGUGACCAUGGGUGGCAAUUAGGAGAACACAACCAAUGGGGCAAGUGCACUAAUUUUGAAGAUGCUACACAUGUGCCAUUCCUUCUUCAUGUACCUGGUGUAACUGAUAAUGGAAUGACUACCAAAGCACUAGUUGAACUCAUUGACAUAUUCCCUUCAUUAACAGAGCUAGCUGGAUUAGAAGUACCUCCAAUGUGCACUAAGAAUAGUCCCACAUCAAUUGCUUGUGUAGAAGGAAGCAGUGUUGUCCCUCUCUUAUCAAAUCCUAAUGCACAAUGGAAGAAAGGCUCUUUUUCACAAUAUCCAAGGCCAUCCACACAAGGUCUGCCGGAGAUACCAGGUAAACCUCCCUUUGAUCCAAGUGAAAAACUCGAGAGUGUAAUGGGCUACACUGUACGUACUGAUAAAUACCGUUUCACUGAGUGGUAUAAGUUCAAUCGCAACACUUCUACUCCUAAUUUCAAUGACAUAUGGGGUACUGAAUUAUAUGAUCACUCUUCACCCACCGUGUUCUUUAAUGAUGAAAAUGUCAAUCUUGCUACUGAGUCAGAAAUGAAGCCAGUUGUAGAUGAGUUGCGUCAAUUGCUGCAGGCUGGCUGGAGAGAAGCUCUACCACCAACUAACUAGAUCAAUUUUUUGCUGUAUUUUAUAGCUAAUUUUUGCAAAUGGGCUAGCCCUUUGCUAUUUCUUAAGAUCCUACAUUUAAGUUUUAGUUUUAGAAAUUAA